AUGAUCCCCUGGCUUCUACUAUGGAUCAUCACCGUCGUGCUAGCCAAUCACAACGAUGCUUCACAACAAUCUCCCAUCCACACAUCUGCAUUCACACCCAUCCAUCUCGCCAACCUCAGACUUCGAAGUGAGAACCUCUUUCGACAUGGCUGGAGAUCGUACAUGGACUAUGGCUUUCCUGCUGACGAGGUCAGGCCCCUAACAUGUGAACCAUAUGACCCAGACUACACAGAUCCUAACAAUCUACGAAACGAUGCCAUGGGCAACGUCUCGCUGACGUUAAUCGAUAACCUAGAUACGCUUAUCGUCAUGAGACAGUGGCUGCUUCUAGAAGGUGCCCUAACGUACUUGAAACAGAACAAGGACUCGCUAUUUGUCAAGGACACUGUCGUUCAAGUGUUUGAGGCGUCCAUACGGUGGCUUGGAGGCUUGUUGCUGACGCAUUUGGCUUUAACAGACGUUGAUUGGACUCUGGACUCUGAAGCGCAGCGAAUCGUCGAUCUGUACGACGGCUUCCUCUUAGUGAUGGCCUACGACUUGGGAAUCCGCCUUAUCCCCGCCUACAAGACCGCCACACAGCUCCCGUUUCCUCGAAUCAACUUGAAGUAUGGUCUAGAUGCCGUGCCAGACAAUUUGAACGUGGAAACAUGCACUUCUGGAGCAACGACACCACUCGUCGAGUUCUCGUUGCUUCUGAGACUUACAGGAGACCCACAAUUUGAAUCAUACACCAGCCAAACUUUCUGGAAGCUCUGGAUGUCGAGACUGCAGUUGGGGUUUAUGCCAAUGUCCAUUGAUCCUGUUAAGAACAAAUGGCUCGACGAGAUCACGGGCAUCGGUGCCCUGGUAGACUCCUUCUACGAAUAUGCGCUCAAGGGAGCAAUAAUUUUUAAUGAUAAUCGUCUCUGGGAUGUGUUUGUGCGGUCGUAUCAGUCUCUCUUAUCACACCUGGCUCAAGGCUACGGUAUCGAUGGCUACACGUAUUUUGCUAACGUGAACAUUGUUUCUGGAGCUGUAGCUUCCACCUGGAUAGACCUGCUUGGAGCGUUCUGGGCAGGAGUCCAAGUUCUUGCCGGAAGAUUAAGUGAUGCAGUUUCCAGCCAUUUGGUCUACUUAAAGAUAUGGGACCACUAUGACUCCAUUCCAGAGCGUUGGGUCACAAAGAGCAUGGUACAGACGUUUGCCUCACAUCAAGAAAAAUUGGACAAUUCGGUGUCCUUGGAAUGGUAUCCAUUGCGGCCAGAAUUUAUCGAGUCCACCUACUACUUGUAUCGAGCCACCAGAGACCCAAUGUACCUCCAAAUUGGUGUCCGGAUUCUCCAUCUUUUUGAAACACGCUACAAAGCACCAUGUGGAUUUGCUGGCGUUCAGGACAUUCGAACAGGGAAACGUCAGAACAGAAUGGAGACAUUUGUUCUUGGUGAGCUGAUUAAGUACCUUUAUCUCCUAUUUGACGAGGCAAACGAGAGUUUUGUCCACAGCACACAAAUGAGGGCAAAGAAUUGGGUUUUCUCUACUGAGGCUCAUCCACUCUGGUAUUCGUCCAAACUUGGAAAGCGAAGUGCAGCAGAUUUCGAGCAACAUCUUCUGGACCUUAGCCAUCAGGAACCGGUCUUCCAGGGGCCAAGACUAUUCGACUCCUUGUGGCAUAAACUUCGCAGAUCACAAAAAGCCAUGAACGAUACUUUCCAGCAGCCUAAAGAGCCAUUUCCACCGAAUUUACCCUAUGGCCCAGACCUUGUGCCUACGCAUAUUGAACUUGACAAGUGUGAGGUUUCUCCCCGGCAGUUUCCACUGUCCAAACCAAAAUUUCUCAGUUCAGGGUAUCUCCAUUGGAACAAGGUGUUUUUGCCAGAGGCGAUGUUCUCGUCAACGUUAGUGAGACCACAGCACUUGAACAAAUACGAUCUUCAGAGUCCAGAAAGCUACAUCGAGAUAUCGGAAUCGUUUAUCAGCACCUACGGAUUGGCUGCGAAAAAUUUCAAAUGUCCACGGAGGCCCACGACGUUUGAGCAAGAGUAUAUAUUCGGAAAGCUUUCCAGACCAGAGGAGAUCGAGAUGUUCCGGGUGGAGAGAAGAAGCGAUUCCCUUCCAUUCUCCCGUCACGACCUUGUGAUGCCGCAACUCGAAGGACGAGUAAGGUUAGAAACACUAAAGCCGGGAACAAUUGAUUCGAACAAUUUGAAGAUUUCACGAGAUUAUAUUCGUCGGAAAUAUCCUGAAAAAUAUAUCAGUCCCUCUGCGGAGGUGUUGCGGCUUAACAAAGUCAACGGCAUUCAAAUCGGAAAGAACAGAACAGUUUGGACUGACCGGGGGUUUUUAGAGCAGAAUCCAGAUACGUUUCUGGUGUCGAGCAACAACCAGGUUUAUUUACAGGGAGUUUUUGUGGAGAAUUUGAGAGCAUAUACGUUUCCAACUGACACAAUAUAA